AUGCUAAACAGGGAUGUGCCAAUGGAUAAGGUAAUGAUGCCAAGCAGAGAUGUGCAUAUAGAUUGGGCAGUGGUGCCAAACAGUGAUGUGCCUAUGGAUAAGACAAUGGUUACAAACAGGGAUGUGCCUAUGGAUAAGACAAUGGUUACAAACAGGGAUGUGCCUAUGGAUAGGACAAUGGUUCCAAACAGGGAUGUGCCUAUGGAUAGGACAGUGGUUACAAACAGGGAUGUGCCUAUGGAUAGGACAAUGGUUCCAAACAGGGAUGUGCCUAUGGAUAAGACAAUGGUUACAAACAGGGAUGUGCCUAUGGAUAGGACAGUGGUUACAAACAGGGAUGUGCCUAUGGAUAAGACAAUGGUUACAAACAGGGAUGUGCCGAUGGAUAGGACAAUGGUUCCAAAUAGGGAUGUGCCUAUGGAUAGGACAGUGGUUACAAACAGGGAUGUGCCGAUGGAUAGGACAAUGGUUCCAAAUAGGGAUGUGCCUAUGGAUAGGACAGUGGUUACAAACAGGGAUGUGCCUAUGGAUAGGGCAGUGGUGCCAAACAGUGAUGUGCCUAUGGAUAAGACAAUGUUUACAAACAGGGAUGUGCCUAUGGAUAGGACAGUGGUUCCAAACAGGAAUGUGCCAGUGGUGACAGUGUCAAGUAGGGAUGUGUCUAUGGAUAGGGCAUGUGUGCCAAACAGGGAUUUGGCUAUGGAUACGACAGUGGUUCCAAACUGGGAUGUUGUGCCUAUGAAUUGGGUAGUGGUUCCAAACAGGGAUGUGCCUAUGGAUAGGGCAGUGGUUCCAAACAGGGAUGUGCCAAUGGGCGCAGUGCCAAGUAGGGAUGUGUCUAUGGAUUGGACAAUGGUGCCAAACAGGGAUGUGUCUAUAGAUAGGGCAGUGGUACAAAUAGGGAUGUGCCUAUGA